AUGUCCGCCCGAGUGUCAACACGAAUCAGCAUACGCUGGCCACCAGAGGAGGCUUCGGAGCCGACAGACACACUCUUCCUGAGCCUGGGAGGAUACUAUGUCGACCUACGCAUCAACAAAUACACAAAAACCAUCGAUUGGGCACUCGCCGGACAACGCAUCAUUGUCUCCGAAGAUCCACUGAAAGUCGAGUUCACACAUCCACUGGACUCGCAUUGCCAUGCGCCAGGCGAGCAGGGGCAUGGAGAAGCCGAUGUAGGCCAAUUCUCCAAGCUGCCGAAUGGAGAUGAUCUGGAAGUCGGAGAGAUGGCAGCGCCGCAUUUAGGUGGGCGGGUUAUGCCGUACGAAGAGGUCUGGAGGGAGCUGGAUGCUUCAGAAGAGGCGAAGGGGUGGAUUCUGGAGAGUGUCGAUGAGGAGCCCAAAGUUUUCUAUGCGAGGAUUGCCGGAUACUUCAUUGCGGUGAAGCGGACGACUUCCUCCGACCGUUAUGAGUACGCUGCAGUCCGCGAAGACCGCGAGGAUGGAAGGUGGGUGAGUAAGCACGCAUCAGAAGAUGUGCGUGGCGUCGAGACUAUGAGUGGGUUGAGUGAGGGUCUGAGGCCGGAGAAGUGGAACGUCGGAGAUAUAGUGAAGUUUGGGGGGAUGAGCGUCAUUGUGCGAGCUGUAGCUCAAUAG